AUGGAGAAAAACUCCCUCAAAGAUGAGGACAAAGACCGAGCCUCCACAGCCGAAGGCCAGGUCCAUGUCCUUCCCUCCAGCGACGAUGCCCGCAUGCCCAGCUCCCUCCGUUCCCUUUCGUCGGACGAGUAUGGGGAGCUGAACAAGAAGAUCGUGCGCAAGAUCGAUACCCUUGUCCUCCCCACUAUCGGCAUGCUGUACAUCCUCAACUACAUCGACCGGCAGAAUCUGGCAGCUGCAAAGCUCCAAGGCAUUAUGGAGGACCUGUCCAUGACCACGCAGCAGUUCGCAACGGCCGUCUCGAUCCUCUUUGUUGGCUACCUCCCCUUCCAAAUCCCCUCCAACCUCCUGAUCACAAAGAUCCCACGUCCGGGGAUGUACAUCUGUGCCGCCGUCGUUGUCUGGGGGAGUAUAUCCGCUUUGACGGCCGCCGUAAAAACAUACGAGCAGCUCCUCGCUGUGCGUGCAACCCUCGGCGCCGCAGAGGCAGUCUUCUUUCCGGGAGCCAUCUACUACCUGUCAGCAUGGUACACGAAAGCAGAGCUCGGCAAGCGCAUUGCAGCAUUGUAUAUCGCGCAGCAGGUAGGCAAUGCAUUUGGCGGCUUGUUCGCAGCUGCCAUCUUACAGCUCGACGGGGCCCACGGGAUUGCAGGGUGGCAGUGGCUGUUCAUCAUCGAGGGAUCGGCAACGGUUGGAAUUGGCGCCAUAUGCGCCCUGAUCAUGCCCGAGUUCCCACACAACAGCCGAAUCCUCAGUCCGAUUGAGCGGGAUCUGGCAGUCUGGCGGAUCGAAUCCGAGGCCGGUGCGGCGGAGGGGAAAGAGAACGUCUCGCUCCUGACGGGGUUCGUGAACGCGCUUAGGGAUGUCAAGCUCCUGCUACUCAUACUGGCGAAUAUGCUCUCUCAGGUGCAGGGGAGUAUAGCGAAUUAUUUCCCUACCCUGGUAUCGUCGCUCGACUUUUCCGAGACGCUGUCUUUGCUCCUAACUGCGCCGCCGUAUAUCCUUGCUGGCGGCGUCUAUUACGGAAUCAUGUACUACUCCGACUCGCGGAAUACCGUCUACCCGCUUAUUCUGAUCUGCGUGGCUAUCACCGUGGUAAUGUACAUCAUCCCGAUGGCGACAUUGAACGUGGGGGCUCGGUACUUUAGCAUGAUGAUACUCCCCUUUGCGUCCGUGGGCCCGCAGCUCCUCCUCUACAAGACGAUCAAUCUGCAUCUUGCUCGACCCGUGAGUAAACGGGCGGCGGCAUCUGCACUGGUCAAUGCGAUUGGAGGCACAUCGAAUAUCUGGGCCUCUUACCUUUACUACGACGAACCGAGAUUUAUGGCGGCGUUCGGGGCGUUGAUUGGGGCAGGUGUCUGCUUGGGCAUUACGGUCACUGUUUACCGGUGGAUUGUGCGCAGGGAGAAUCGGCGCCUGGAUUCAGGAGUUGAGGAAGAGAUCGAAAAGGUCAUCAAGAAUGGAGUCACAAGGGAGAUGGUUGGCCUGGGGUGGAGGUAUGAGAUGUAUUAG